GUCGCGCUUCGGUAUUGCCACGGCUUCCUGCUGUGUUGCUCAAAGCAACUUCAACAAUGUCCCGCCAGGAGCCCCGAAUAUUCCUUGUCCGCCAUGGUGCGACGACAUGGUCCGAAGAGGGCAGGGCGACCGGCAUUACAGAUAUCAAACUGACCGAGGCGGGCAAGGCCCAAGUUAGACAGUUGUGUAAUUGGGGAAAGGGGCGUGUGCGCGGGUCAGCUUGUUCAUGGUGUCAGCAGUUUCUCGAAAACCGAGUAGGAUUACGUAUCGGUUCCUUGACGGACAGCAACGGUUCAGCCGCGGAGGAUGAGCAGUGUCAUAAAGGAUGGCAUGGUGGUCUAUUGCCCACCCUGCCGAUGGAUCUUAUCAGGAUACACAACCCGCUGGCUCCCUAUGGAAACAGUCGAUUGCCUGAUGUCACCACCUCCAGUCCUUCUAGGCUGGAGAAGAACUGUACCCCAAGAGGGUUGAGGGAAGGCUGCCCUGGGCCGUGGCCUGAUAUCGACAUCAGUAAGUAAAAAGGGGAGGGUAGCUCACACCAUGUUGAUGUAGAUCAGUGAGUCUAUGUACGCCCUUGAUCUCCCAUACAUGUUGUAGGGUGGGAGAAACUGGACCGCUAGGAGGAACAAUAGCACGAUGGCGAGAUUGAAGGCGGGGAUGGUGUAAAUGGAUAAGAAGGAAACAAUUGACUGUCCUGCGUACGCUGCACGUGUACGAUAGCUAUUAUUCAGUGAAUUUAAAUAAAGAUGAUAAAAC